AUGAUUGAUAUCGACAUUUUCGCUUUCAACUUCAUGGCCAAGUCAAUGAAAUUAGAAGGAAAGGCUUUCCGUGGGAAAGCUAAUUCACUCAAUUUGAGUGAAUCCUCAUUCAGCAAUCCUUCGGGAAAGUUGGUUCAGAUCGAGCACGCUUUGACGGCGGUCGGCUCCGGCCAAACCUCCCUCGGAAUCAAAGCUGCUAAUGGUGUUGUUAUUGCGACUGAUAAGAAACUUACUUCAAUCUUGGUUGAUGAGUCAUCUGUUCAAAAAAUCCAGAGUUUGACGCCAAAUAUUGGAGUUGUUUACAGUGGUAUGGGUCCUGAUUUUCGAGUCUUGGUCCGGAAAAGUAGAAAGCAAGCAGAGCAAUAUCGUAGGUUAUACAAGGAACCAAUCCCUGUUACUCAACUUGUCAGGGAAACUGCUGCUGUGAUGCAAGAAUUCACUCAAUCUGGUGGUGUGAGGCCUUUUGGGGUUUCUUUACUUGUUGCUGGGUUUGAUGACAAUGGUCCUCAACUCUUCCAGGUCGAUCCAUCAGGCUCAUAUUUCUCAUGGAAAGCCUCUACAAUGGGAAAGAAUGUUUCAAAUGCAAAAACAUUCCUUGAGAAGAGGUAUACUGAUGAUAUGGAGCUCGAUGAUGCUGUGCACACAGCUAUUUUGACUCUGAAGGAAGGAUUCAAUGAGAUAUGUUUUAUACGGAGAGCCUCUCCGUGCCCACUUUCGACGUUUGUUAUCCCAUCACCACCGAUGCCCUCGACGCACUCUAUGAGAAGGUCAAACCGAAGGGUGUCACCAUGACUGCCUUGUUGACAAAGGCCACUGCUAUGGCUCUUGCUCAGCAUCCAGUUGUGAACACUUCGUGCAAAGACAGUAAGAGCUUUACGUACAAUAGUAACAUAAACAUUGCGGUUGCUG